AUGAAGGGCAGCAGCAAGCUGGCCAUCCUGAGGGGAUGUGCAGGGAUGCCUGGCUCUCCAGGGGCCCAGGGACCCCCUGGCUUUCCUGGGGCCAAAGGUGGGUCUGGAAUCCCUGGGGAAGUUGGACCCCCUGGGCCGAAAGGAGAAAAAGGGGAGGCAGGAAAACGUGGAGAGAAAGGUGCCCGAAACUGCAAGGAGCUUCUGGCCCAGGGGGUGGUCCUGAGCGGCUGGCACACCAUCUACCCCCAGGACUGCCGGCCCCUGCGGGUGCUGUGCAACAUGCACACCGAUGGAGGCGGAUGGAUCGUCUUCCAAAGGAGGUCGGAUGGCUCCGUGGAUUUUUUCCGGAACUGGGAUGACUACAAGAAGGGAUUUGGAAGCGAGCUGAGCGAAUUCUGGCUGGGGAACGACCACCUUCACCUCUUGACCUCCCUGGGAGAGAACGAGUUGCGUGUUGACUUCAUGGAUUUCGAAAAUAAACAUUCCUUCGCCAAAUUCGGAUCCUUUCAGGUAGCAGCGGAAUCCGAUCAGUAUCGGCUGACUGUGGGCAACUUCACGGGGGGCUCCGCAGGCGACUCUCUAACAAGGCACCACAACAUGCCCUUCUCCACCCGAGACAAGGAGCAGGACCCCCAAAACCAUAAAUGCGCCCAAAAAUACAAAGGGGCCUGGUGGUACAAUGACUGCCAUGACUCCAACCUCAACGGGAAAUACUGGCUGGGAGAACACCAGUCCUUUGCAGAUGGCAUCAACUGGAGAAUGGGGAAAGGCUACAACUAUUCAUACAAGCGCACAGAAAUGAAAUUCAGGCCUGUGGCUUAUGGGGCUCCCUCAGCUGACGGCGGUUUCUUCUGA